GCGCGUUGCGUUAUUUCCGUUCCCACAGAGCAUUGCUGUAAUGUAAUGGCUUCAGUUCCAGAGUGGCUGAGGGAAGUGAUGUGCUAAUGAAGAUAAUUGAGAAAAUUGGUAUUUAGUAACGUGCUUUAAAUGUGUGUUCAGUUUUUAAGUGCCCAUUAUGUCAGAGAGGAACUCCACUAGAAUCAUGAAGUCGUCAUCAGAAGGUGAAAUCCUCGAUAGAGAAGAGACCCAGUUGAUAAGCGAGUCCUCGGAUUAUGGGAACCGUUAUCCCGAGUCCAAGUUAAAACGCACGUUCACACUACCCCGAAAUCCUUUCGUGUCAACGAGAAUGAGUAAAAGAAAAGCCAAGCACAAAGAAGGGAAGGAUGGUAAAGUUUCAGGUAUACAAACUAUUACAGAAGUCCAAAACUCAGAGACCCAAAAGUCCAAUAAGAAAGUGUUCAGAAGACCCUCGUGGAAGAAGUUGUUGAACAAGGUUGUUCAACAUAUGUCCACAGUGGGUGUGCCCAAUAAUAAAAGUAUGUGUGUUAAUUAUGAAUGUAAUAGGCGCAGGACAGAUACAGUGUCCCUGUCAUCAUCAGACAUUCGUGUUCCUCCAGUGCGCCCCACCCACCUAGCAAAUUUAGCAAACAGUGACAAGGUCCCUGGUGUGAUAGGUCUAAGGAAUCAUGGUAAUACAUGUUUCAUAAAUGCAGUUCUUCAGUGCCUGAGUCACACAGAUAUUCUGGCAGAGUAUUUUGUGCUGGACCAGUAUAAGGUGGAUUUGUCUCGUAGAAAUAAAUUAAAUUCAAAGAAGUAUGGUACCAAGGGUGAAGUGACAGAGCAGCUAGCCCUCUUGCUCAAGUCAAUUUGGUCAUGUCAGUAUGACCCAGAGAUCUCAAAUCAGUUCAAGUUGGUGGUGGACAAGUAUGGUAGUCAGUAUCGUGGCAACAACCAGCAUGAUGCACAGGAGUUCCUCGUAUGGCUGCUUGACAAAGUGCACGAGGACCUGAACACAGCAACAAAGAAGAAGUACAAGAUAAUCAAGAACUCAUUUGGACGACCGGAUGAUGUGGUAGCAGCAGAAACACUCGCAAACCAUGUGCGGUGCAACAACAGUUUUGUACACGCUGUGUUCCAAGCUCAGUUUCGAUCAUCGCUUACGUGUCCACGCUGCCAACGCCAAAGCAACACUUUUGACCCCUUCCUCUGUGUAUCAGUGCCUGUCCCCCAAAAUCAAAGGAGAGCCAUCUAUGUUACAGUGUUAUAUACUUCACAGCAACCACGACAAGUGAAACUAGGGCUUUCUUUACCAAUACACUCAGAAGUACGUGAGCUGAGAGAACUACUAGCUUCUGACACCGGUAUUGCGGAGUCCCACAUGCUGCUUACAGAGGUGGAUGAUCUUGGCUUCCACAGAACAUUUUCAGAUUCCGAGCCUGUGUUGAGUAUCAAAGAAACAGACCCUGUAUACUGUUUGGAGCUGCCACAACUAAAGGAGGCAACAGAUGAUGGAGGUGGGGCAUAUGUUUUGCUGUGCUGGGUGAAUCUCUUGCUGGUUGAAGAUCACUGUGCAAGGUUCAGCAGUCCCUACACUAUGCAGGUUGAUCGUGAGACAUCUUACGAAGACCUUCAGAAGCUGAUACUCAAGGAGAUGAAUGCUGUGCUCCAUGAUGACAUUCUUGUCAGUUCACAGGAUAUUCCGCUGUUCUACAUGAGAAUUGCAGAUGGACUGGGGGAUGGAUCGCCAACAUAUCUUGACCCAACACUUGACCAUCCGUUAUACAUGGAAGCUGUGGAACAGGCAUUGGCUCUCUGUGAAGAAGAUGCUGGACCCCCUCACCUCAAACUGGUCUUAGAAUGGGACCUGCAGGGGAAGGAGAGCACCAUUGCAGAUGAUAGUGACCAAAUGGAGGAACACGCUAGUGUGAAACAGCUGAAAAUGAAUGCUGAACAAGGUGGUGCUGUUACCCUUGAGGAAUGCUUUGAGCUGUAUACCAGAGCAGAGGUGCUGGGUGCAGAAGAUGCCUGGCAUUGUCCAAAUUGUAACCGCAAGCAGGAAGUGGUGAAGAAGCUAGGACUGUGGUCAUUACCAGAUAUUCUGGUCAUUCAUCUCAAACGAUUCAGACAGCAUUCUUCAAAGCAGAGGGCUCCAGCCAAGUUGACAACACUAGUGGACUUCCCACUGUAUGGUUUUGACAUGAGCCCACAUCUAGCCAACCGACCAUCUCCUUCAGGCAACUCAGCGGCUCCUCCAGGCAUGUUGGGCUCACCUCCUGGUGGUGGAGGAGUUCUGGGCGGUCUGGGUUGGUCUCCAUGGAAGCGACCACGUCGGACACCACUGCGCUAUGACGAUAAUGUGUAUGACCUAUAUGCUAUCUGCAAUCAUCACGGUCAGGACCUCCAGGGUGGUCAUUAUACAGCCUACUGCCGCAACCCAUAUGACACGCACUGGUAUUGUUUUGAUGAUACACGCGUAGAUCCUGUAGCAGACACAAGCUUGGUGACAGCAGCAGCCUAUAUCUUGUUCUAUCAGCGACGUGGCCUUGGUACCAGUUACAGUUCUGCUGCUUCUACAAGCUCGUCAGGUUCAGGUGGUCUUGAACACUGGGUGUGUCGCAUGCCUGCUUUCACUCGGUCAAGUAAAUCUCAAGAGGAGCUUAGCAAUAAAGGUUCAACAGUAACCACCUCUCCCACUAUAUCUCUCACUCUCAUCGCCAAUACCACAACCACCAGCACCCCGACUACAACCAGUAUCUCUACAUCCGCGGUAGAUGAGAGGAGUGGCGCAGACGCAUUCCUGCGAGGAGGACGUAAUUAUGCUACACUUCAGCCCACCACCAAGCGAUCUGUUGGUACGGAAACAGAUGCUGCAGAGCUGGACCAUUACUCAGAUGACGAAGCCCCUCUUGCCACUCCUAGAAGAUGUGGAGACACAUGGGAUUCCCCUUCAUGUACUGGUCACAAGGCUGAGACAAGUAACACUCUGGAGAAGACACUGCCUUCCAGUGAAGGGAGGGUUGGUAACUUAGGACCUGAACCUGCAGAAGGAAAGGAUGACUUAUUGAUGGAAAUUACGGAAUCGUGUGUUUAAUGAGUGACACUGUCUUAUACAAAGAAGUGUACAUAGUAAAAAUUGGCAGUAGUGAACAGACACAAACAUUUUUCGAACGUCCCAUCAUCUUCCCACUUUCCCAUGCUCUGGAAUGUAUCUAGUGUGUCAUCCUCUUUGGCAUUUAACAACGUACUUGGAUAUUACACAAGAAUUUUGGAAUUACUGAAAAUUAAGAUGGAUUUGUAGGUAUAUUUGUGUGUAUCAGCUUGUUUUGUUACGUGGCAAGCACUUUCUGUUCUCUGUGGCUGCUGCAGGUUGGUGAACGUUGUAGAGUGAAAUUGUCUGUAGGCAUUGAUUGUUACAUUUUAUUCAGUAAAUGCCGCAAGACAUCAGUUUACUUUUAAUGGAAAAAGAUAUUUUCAAGAAAAUUUAACUUUGUAUAAAACAUUUAUAUCAGUUCUUUACAUAGUAAUUGGUAAUGGUUUGAAAGCAGAGCUACUCCUUUACCCCAUGUCCCACUCUUGAAUAAAAGAAGAUGCCUUAAGCCCAUUCAUUGUAUUGGACUCUCAUGUAUACUUACUAGUGCCGUAAUAGAUCAAGCAGUGAUACAUAGUGUUAUAAAAUAAAUGUGUUUUUUUAUCUUGAGUAUUGCAGAAUUUUUAAUGGCAUAGUGUCUGCUGUGAGUAUUUUGCUCUUCCCUUGUGUGGAGGGACAAAUAAUAUCAUUCCAUCGAUUGGAUGACAAGAGAACUUUUAAAGUGAAAGAUUGUGUGUGCUAGUCAAAUUUGUUUGGUCAUUUCUUUCUUCCCCUUAAUCCUGUUAGUCCAUUCUCUUCUUUGCUGUUAUUACUUAACUUGAGGUCUAUGCCACAUCCACAUUCCAUUUUUCACAACUGCCUGAAUCUAGUUUUGUUGCUGAACCAAAGUCUCUGAACUUAUACAGCUAGAGUUAGAACUUUUAGGUAGCAGAUCAUUCAGUUUUCAGUUUUAAGUUCUCAUCUCUGCAAUCCAUUUAUAACGGCAGAAGGGCAGUACAUAGGGCUAUAGUUGCUAGAGUUUAUAUACAAAAGCAUUCAUGUUUUAUAAUUUGAUUACUGUCCUUAAUAGGAGACAGGGACUACAGACCAAACCCCCUGCAUUAACUAUAUUCAGCAUCUCAUAUUAUUGUUUAUGUUAUUGGUGUGGAUCCUUUCAGAUCCAUAAAACUUCUUGUUAGGCUCAUUUCAGAAAAAUCUCGUCAUAUAAAAGUCAGAUGUAAGGAAGUAUUUAUCUUAGGUUUUACAAUGCUUGUUGGAAAUAAAUUAGUAAAAUAUUUAUUAGUAAAGAAAAAUUGAGCCCUCAUAAAAAGUUUUCCAGGGGACCAGGCAGUUCAUGCUUCUUACAUGGAAAAACAUCAUCAAAGAGUAGGUUCGACAAAGUGUACAAAAGUCAUUUUAGCCCAGGAUAUAGAUAUAUACUAACACCUUUACAUCAGUAUUGAAGCCAAGCAUAAUUGUAAUCAGAAAAGCAGGAACUCUGGAGUUCGACAAGAUGGUGUUAAUGACUGUUUAGUCAUGAAUAACCAGACACAGUAUAAAUGGACUGAGAUGUUUAUUUUUGCUUGAAUAUUCAGUUGGAAUAAGCCAUAAAUACACAUUCAGUGAAAUGGGGUUACCUGUUGGAAGCUUGAAUUCUAAUAACCUAGAAAUUGUAUUUGUAAGCACACUGUGUUUAAAUUCAAAUCUGAUGAAUGAUGCCGUGAGAUUGCCUUUUAAUGCUGUUUCCAAAGGAGUGUAGUGUGUCCAGCACUACAUAAAUGUGCAAUAUUAGGGCAAGUAUCAAUUUAUAUUGGUUGCAGUUUUGAUUUCACAACAAACAAGAAGUUCCAAGCAGAACUUAAAAAACGUGCUUUCCUCUUGCAUUGAUUUCUAGUCAUAUCUAGUACUCUAUUAUUAUUGUUAUUUUAUUUUUAUGUUUGUGAAGAGCUUAUUGCAAAUCCUGUGUUCUUUAGGUUGACUGUAUAUAACCUCAAAGUUUGGCAUCAUCAUCACCAUCUUUGUAACUAUUUACUUGCAGGCAGUGUUUCCUACAUAAUAAGUAGGUACAAUUAUGAUUUAUUUUUGUUCCAGUUUUCACAUGUCUGGUUUCAGUGGUUCAUUAGCUUCUGUCAUCACACUGAAAGCUAAAAGAGUGUUUUCCACGGCUGCCAUGUUAUUUUACAUUCUGCUAAAAACUUCCUUAACAAGAUCUAUUACCAUACAUAAUUUCAGUUCCCAAAAUUAAGUGUGCUCUUCCAAUUUGACAAGUUUGCACAUCUGCUAUAUUGGUAUUAGUGAUCAUAAAAGUAAGUAAGUAAGUAAAGGUAU